AUGGAUCUCCCUUCAAAUAUCUCCGCCGGCACCAUGGCCCUCCUGCGGUUAACGGGGGAGAGGACCCGCGAAUGCCAGCAAGACCGCAGGCGCCUCGAGCAUGAGAUGCACGAUCUCGAGGGUCGUCUCGAGGAGGCGGAGAAACACUUGGAGGCAAUCAAGGUUCUUGCUCUUUCUCUGAAGUCUCUUGGAUUCUUUGCUGAAACAAGAACGAGCGACAGGGAGUUAUCCAAGUGCAUAAAGGACAAGGAGGAUAUAGAUUUGAAGUGCGCCAGGAUGAAGAAGGAUAUGGAGAAAGCUCUCAGGGCGCAAGAAAUCCAGAAAUUAUGGGGCACCAAUGAGUCGUUGAUGAUCGGUAACAAAGAUCCUGGAGGACAGUAUAUGCUCCCAGGUUACUCCUACGUGCCACCGACAUGGCGGCCGUCGAGUCAAGAGCUGGCAUGCCCCUGGCUGGCCCCUGCCAAGGUUCGAAAGGAUCCAUGCAAGGGCAAGAAGACUCUUGCGCCGCCGCCGCCGCCGCCGCCGCCACCGCCGCCGCAGCUUCGGCCACCAGUCAUAACCUACACCGAGUCGCCCAAGGUCAUCCACACCAGCCCCUGCGACUUUAAGGAGCUGGUGCAACGCCUCACUGGUGCCCCCCCCUCCUCCUCGUCCUCCUCCUCCUCUUCUGCCAAUGCUGCUGCUUCCCGGUCGCCUUCUAAUGCUAAUACCGUUGGAGCAGCAGGGCCCUCCGCUGACGAGGGGCCGAGAAAGGGCGGAGAGGAUGUAAUCGAUCAACUAGGAAUUGAUGAUGGCGUGUCUGACUUCUUGUCCAUGGACCUGAAUUUUGACUCAUUCCUUGAGGAUCAUGCCUUCUGGGCAAAUUUGGAAGAUAUAAUAUGA